AUGCGGGAUCAAUACUUAAGUUCUUUCAUCUCUCUUGUAGGGCACCGCAGGUACACUCGCACAACACAUUGUGCAGCAGAAUUCAAUGAGAGCACAUCAGGGAUCUCCUCUGUUGACACUGCUGUCGUAGGCACCACACUCAAAAGAAAAGUGGGACUGUUCAGCGCCACCGCAGUGGUGAUUGGCAGUGUUAUUGGAUGUGGCAUAUUCGUGUCACCAAGCUUGGUCUUCAGAAACUCAGGAUCAACUGGUGCCAGUCUCCUCGUGUGGAUCGGCGCUGGAUUGAUGGCCAUAAUCUAUGCCUUCUGUAUGGCAGAGUUGGGAACAUUGCUGCCGACAUCUGGCGGCGAGUACGCGUACAUUUGCGCUGCCUGCGACACGCUGGGCAGGCCGGGCGACUACGUAGUCUUCAUGUUCUCAUGGACUCGGAUCCUCCUGGGAGACGCUCUGGGUGCCGCUCUGCAGGCACUCACGUUCACCAGUUAUGCAUUGCGACUUGCCUACCCGACAUGCGAGGCACCGUACGCAGUUACUGUGCUGGUAGCAGCGAGUUUCUCUACAUUGGCAACCAUUCUCAAUGCCAUCUCAGUCACCGUGUCCACGAAGCUGCAGAACAUUCUUGUGGUAGUCAAAAUCGUGAUGCUGGUUUGUAUUAUUGGCACAGGAAUUGUGGCCGCCGCAAAUGGAACCAAUCACCUGAAAGCGCCCUUCUUUAAUGAUGAUGUCUCCGCCAGCGGCCUUACUGAAGCCUACUUCGCGGCCUACAUGACUAUGGACGGAGGGUCCAGCAUCUGCAACCUAGCCGAAGAAAUACGAAAUCCGUCUCGGGUCAUUCCUCGAGCACUGGUCUUCGGCGUCACCACGGUCAUGCUCAUGUACAUCGCGACCAAUCUCGCUUACUUCGUCGUACUCGAACCCACCGCCAUCGCAUCCUCCGAGACCACAGCCCUAACCUUCGCCGCGAAGUGCUGGGGUCCGGCCGGAACCGCCAUCGUACCGCUGUUGGCCUCAGUGAGCACGUUCGGGACGCUAUCGGCAGGAUUCUUCAGCCAAAGCAGGCUUGGCUUCGCAGCCGCCAGGAGAGGCCACCUGCCGUCCGCCCUGCGCCUCGUUUCCGCAAAGUCGUCCGUGCCCGUUGUCUCACUGGUAGUUCGAGGCGCACUGUCCGCCGCCUUCACCGCCGUUGGCUCCCUAGAGUCUGUAGUGAACAGCGUAAUGCUGUUGGGUAUCGUCUUCAACCUGCUUACAAUGCUCGCCCUGCUCAGGCUUCGUUGCACGAUGAGGGAUGCGCCGAGACCAGUGAAAGUGCCGUACUUCUUCAUCGUUGUUAGCUUCGUUGUAAACCUUGCGAGUGUGGUCAUGGACCUAUGGAAAGCUGCGGACUUUUACGUGCUCGUCGUAAUGAUGGCGGUUCUUUUCGCUGGGAGCGUCGCGUACUUAGUGUUCCAGGUCUAUGGAUGCGCAAUGCCGGGCACUUCGCGCAUGUCAAUGUUUCUACAGAAGCUUUUCCUUUCAGUGCCAUGUCGCGACAGCUGCAUCUAUUGAAACGUGGGGCUCUUAAUUUACUGUGAAAGUCUGGUGGCAUCAAAAGCGACUGAUGGAUGAGUUCAAGCAUUUGCCGCCACAACCGUCUUGCGUAAUAGAAGAUGAGCAAUUGAAUAAAAUCCCGUUUUUUUUGUGCCUCAAAAGUGUUCGCAUACUUUAGAAAUUUCUCUACGAGUAGCGGGGAUUGGUCGCACUACCUGUUGAGACAUUUAAGGACCGCAAAGUGUUUCAUUGCUAUGAGAAGGAUGGUAUUGGUAAUGAAAGCAUUUAAAUCGCUUCUGAUUACUACAUAGACAAUGUUUCUUGACCACAGAAUAGGAAAAUUCCGCUUUAAUGUGUCAAGAAGUAGAUCUGCGUACUAGUCUAAGCGCCUGAUAAGGACGCCUUUCUGCAACACGCCAAACCUUCGUUUUCGUGCGGAAAUCCGAUUUAGAAUAUUGUCCUCCAAUUGCUAGCUCCUUCGGAAAAACCAUAUGUUUGAUUUAGAAGAGCAGAGAUGAUGAAAAGGCAAUAAAGCAACGCGCUCGUAUAACCUCUAUAAUUUUCGCCCAUGCCGAAGGUUCUCCAUUCAAAUUUUAUGCUACAACGUGCAAAUGAAGCUGGCACUAUAUUGUCUGAGCUAUUCGUGUUGCGCUCGCUGCAAUAGCGUUUAAGGAAUAGGUGAAACAGGAAUGUCGUCAUUGCCCUUAAUAUCAUCUUUAGGCGCUAUAUGAAAUAAACAUGAACGAUCACAUUCUGUCCGAUUUGCCGAAUGUCAUAACGUUGCUGUUACAUAGACUCGCAAUUAAGGCACGCUCUAUAUAACU